AAGUCCCUUUUGGUGAAUUAAAUUCCUCUGUCCUCGCUGGGAGGAGCUGAGACAUGAGUGAGGGAAACGAGGAGUCACCAUAGCCAAAUGAAAAGCAUCCAGUAUCCCUUUAAAACUGCUCCUCCUCCUGGAAUGAAUCAGUGCUUGAUAACUCCUCCCUCUUCUUCCUGCUCUCAAACACAACAAGCUGCAGUCUGUCCACAUAUUUCCUUGUUCCCUCCCCCACAGAUCAGACAGGCGUUGCCACUGAGAGCUGAAAUGGCACAGAAAGGAGUUCAGCUGGACCGAGAAACUUUCUCUUGUUCGAUCUGUUUGGAUCUACUGAAGGAUCCGGUGACUAUUCCCUGUGGACACAGCUACUGCAUGAGCUGUAUUAAAACACACUGGAAUGGAAAGGAUCAGAGAAAGAUGUACAGCUGCCCUCAGUGCAGACAGACCUUCACACCGAGGCCUGUUCUGGGGAAAAACACCAUGUUAGCAGCUUUAGUGGAGCAGCUGAAGAAGACUGAACUCCAAGCUGCUCCUGCUGGUCACUGCUGUGCUGGACCUGAAGAUGUGGCCUGUGAUGUCUGCACUGGGAGGAAGCUUAAAGCUCUCAAUGAUGAUGAGAUGAUGAAGAUGUUCUGUUGUACUCAUCAGCAGAAUAUGUGUUAUCUCUGCCCUGUGGAUGAACAUAAAGGCCACGACACAGUCUCAGCUGCAGCAGAAAGGAAUGAGAGGCAGAGAGAGCUCGAGGUAAGUCGACAACAAAUCCAGCAGAGAAUCCAGGACAGAGAGAAAGAUGUGAAGCUGCUUCAACAGGAGGUGGAGGCCGUCAGUCGCUCUGCUGAUAAAGCAGUGGAGGACAGUGAGAAGAUCUUCACUGAGCUGAUCCGUCUCAUCCAGAAAAGAAGCUCUGAUGUGAAGCAGCAGAUCAGAUCCCAGCAGGAAACUGAAGUGAGUCGAGUCAAAGAGCUUCAGGAGAAGCUGGAGCAGGAGAUCACUGAGCUGAAGAGGAAAGACGCUGAACUGAAGAAGCUCUCACACACAGAGGAUCACAACCAGUUUCUACGCAACUACCCCUCACUGUCACAACUCAGUGAACCUACAGACUCAUCCAGCAUCAAUAUCCGUCCUCUGAGAUACUUUGAGGAUGUGACAGCAGCUGUGUCAGAGCUCAGAGAUCAACUACAGGACAUCCUGAGGGAGAAAUGGACAAACAUCUCACUGAUAGGGACUGAAGAGGACGUUUUACUGUCAGAACCAGAACCCAAGACCAGAGCUGAGUUCUUAAAAUAUUCACAUAAAAUCACACUGGAUCCAAACACAGCACACACAUAUGUGUUAUUAUCUGAGGGGAACAGAAAAGCAACAGUAACAAGUCAACACCAGUCUUAUUCUAGUCACCCAGACAGAUUCACUGGAUGGAGUCAGGUCCUGAGUAGAGAGAGUCUGACUGGACGUUGUUACUGGGAGGUGGAGUGGAGCGGGAGAGCAGUUUGUGUAGCAGUCACAUACAAGAAUAUCAGGAGAGCAGGAGGCUCAAAUAAAUGUAUAUUUGGACGCAAUGACAAAUCUUGGGCUUUAAGAUGUUACACUAACAGUUACACGUUUUUGUUCAACAAUGUCUCAACUCCCGUCUCAGGUCCUGGUUCCUCCAGAGUAGGAGUGUACCUGGAUCACAGUGCAGGUAUUCUGUCCUUCUACAGCGUCUCUGAAACCAUGACUCUCCUCCACAGAGUCCAGACCACAUUCACUCAGCCUCUCUAUGCU